CAGGCGGCAAGAACAACAUUCAUUGUAAACCAGUUGCAGAGUCAGUGUUGCAGCUCGAGAAGUAAUUUAUAUCAACAGGCAAAUCUACAAAAAAGACUGGGAAUGGAAAAGAUACACAUCGACAAACACGCAACCAAUGCAGUGGAGGCAUAUUUAGAAUACAAAAGGAUUGUUGGGGAAGAUGAUGGAGGGAGGCUGUUUUCAGAGGAAGAGUACAAGAAAUACAAAGAGACAGUGGUGCCAAGAAGAAUACAAAACCGUCUAUAUGUUAGUUUUGGGGUCCCGGGACAGAUAGACUGUAAACUGGUUGGACCAGAGACACCUUGCUUCUGUACACACAGGUAUAAACAACAUUGCACAGACUUUGAGGAGUUGCCAAAGGAAAGGCCUAUAAUCUUGCCUUGUAGGGUCAAAGGUUGUCAGUGUGUGUCCUAUGAAUAUGUUCAUAUCAACGGCUCUAAACCAGUACGCUGUCAGUGCAAACACACAACCAGUGAACACAGUGAAGCUAUAGCCCAUCAGUGCAGAAAAUGCACUCGCUGCACUGGCUAUCGAAGUCCAUUCACCUGUGGAUGUGGUCAGCCUGGAUAUGCCCAUGUGACGCUGGUUGAAACUACAGAAGAGUGCAUGAGACGGGGACGUCCGGUGGGCAUAGCUGUUCCAUAUGCAGCUAUGGGAGGUUUAACUGGGUUCAGCUCACUGGGGGACGGCUACCUGAGACUGGAUUCAGGUGGCAUAGGCAAUACAUGUGAACAGCACACAGAAUAGGCUAAAUGUCACCUGACAGUGGUUCCACAACAAACAGAAUGUUAGCAUUAGGUUAGCACUCACCAUUAGUCAACAUUAUGCUUGUUUAAUUAUGUUACAUUUUAUGCUUUCUGUUUUGCCUGAGAGAAUUCUUAAUAUUUGUCUAGUGGCAUAUUGCUUAAUUACAGCAAAUAUUUUUCAACAGUGUGUAUUUAUUCAUCAUAACAUCAGUAUAAAUGUAUUUAUGAUAUUUGCAUAAUGUAUUUAUAUAAUAAUAUAUUAACAUGAAUAAAAUAAAGAAAUAGAAGUAAACUCAUACUGAUAUUAAGAUUAAUAAUUUAAAAUAAUCAGAUCUAAUUAAGAACCAUUAAAAUACAUAAAAUCAAGAAA